AAACUGGCUAUACUGUUUACAUCAUCUGGAGUACCUUGAUCUAUACGGUAAUAAAUUGGGUGGUAGAGUCUCAACAGGAAUUGGAAACUUGUCUUCUCUUGUUCACCUUGACAUGUCAGUCAAUUAUGGCCUCGAAUUUGAAAGGGGGAUUCCUGAAUCAUUCAAAUGCUUGUGCCGCUUGAGGUCACUUUUACUGCGACAUGUAAAACUGAAUCAAAAUGUAUCAGAGUUGCUUGAAAUUCUUGGAGUAUGUGCUUCUGAUACUUUGCAGGAUUUGACUCUGGGCAGUUGCCAACUACAUGGUCAGUUGACCGAUCAGAUUGGCUUGUUCAAGAGACUUAACCGUCUCAUUCUCCAUAACAAUUCUAUUUCUGGUCCACUUCCGGUUUCAUUUGGAGAAAUGACAUCUUUGAAUCAUGUAGACCUUUCAAGAAACAAGAUAAAUGGGAGCUUUCCAACAAAUUUUGGGUCUCUGACAGGGUUGGCCUAUGUGGAUAUCUCUCAGAACGCAAUGCAUGGUGUUGUACUUCCUGAAAUUCACUUAGCCAACCUCACAAAGUUGACCUUCUUUCUUGCUUCUGGAAAUCAAAUGGCGUUCAAAGCUAAUCCAGAUUGGGUUCCUCCCAGGCGAAUUCAAAGAUUGAUGUUAGAGUCUUGGUAUGUUGGACCAAGAUUUCCCCAUUGGCUCAAAGGUCUGCAAGAUCUGACGUCUCUUGAUCUGUCUAUAUCUGGAAUUUCAGAACAAAUUCCUGACUGGUUCUGGAGCAUGUCGUCUCAAUUCCAUUAUCUGAAUUUCUCGCACAACCAAAUCCCUGGGCGGCUUCCAGAUGCCAUCUUUGUUGUUUACAAUGACUCAUUGUUUGAUUUCAGCUCCAAUUGCUUGGAAGGUCCACUGCCCACUGUUUCGUCUAAUCUUACUUUGUUGGACCUGUCCAACAACUUGUUUUCCGGAAACUUGGUCAAGUUCUUGUGUUUCAAUCCUACAGAGAUGAGGACUACUCAGUAUCUGAAUCUUCGAGGUAAUCUUUUGUCUGGUGAGAUACCUGGCUGCUGGAAAAAUUGGCGGAGUUUGGAGGUCCUGAGACUUGGUAGCAAUAAUUUCAUAGGAAGCAUUCCAAACUCCAUCGGAACUUUGACUUCACUUGUGUCCUUACACAUUCAGAACAACAGCCUGACUGGUGAGAUUCCAUUGUCCCUGGGUAACUGCUCUAAUUUGCGCACUAUUGACUUGGGUUAUAAUGGAUUGGAAGGAGGGAUUCCAAGGUGGAUGGGGAAAAGGCUUUCCAGACUGUCUAUUCUUAAUUUGCGUGCUAAUAACUUUCAUGGCAGCAUGCCGGUGGAGCUUUGCCAUCUGCAGUUGCUACAAAUCUUGGACCUUUCUCACAACUCACUUUCAGGGAGCCUGCCAGAAUGUUUGGCUAAUUUCAGUGCCAUGGCUACCUCAGAUGAUACUGAUGCAGCUGCUGUAAUUUAUAUUUUUUUUGGAGGAGGUGAAGUUUUCAGGGAAAAUCAAAAUUUAUUGACUAAAGGGAGCUUUGUGGAUUACAGUACCAUACUGAACUAUGUAAGAAGUGUAGACCUUUCCUGCAACAACUUAUCUGGAGUGAUACCAGGGGAGAUCAGAGACCUAAAGGAACUGCAUUACCUUAACUUGUCACAUAAUUUCUUCUCAGGCAAAAUGCCAGAGGGUUUACAGACAAUGGGAUCACUGGAAUCCAUGGACUUGUCCGUGAACCAACUAUCAGGAGUAAUCCCUCCUGGACUUGCAAGUCUGACAUUCCUGAGUUUCUUGAACUUGUCCUACAACAACUUGAGAGGGAAAAUUCCUUCAAGCACUCAGCUGCAGAGUUUUGAUUCUUGGAGCUUCAUAGGGAACCAAGAACUCUGUGGCCCUCCAUUGAACAAGACUUGUAGUGUGAGCAGAGCUGUGCCUGGUUCUGGAAAUGGAGAUGAAGAGGAUGAAUUUCUAUGGUUCUCCAUCAGCACAUCCCUUGGCUUUGUGGCUGGUUUUGCUGUUGCAGCCUGGUCUUUUUUCUUUGCGUUAUCAACUGAGAAGAAACGUACUUCAGAAUUCCUUAAUAACCUGGAGUGCAUAAUUCUGCAACGGUAUUAUGUGUGGAGGACUAGUUAAUGUCGGGAGGGUUGAGGUGGAAGGUUACAAAGCUUGGAAUUGGAGAUUUAUCUUGGGGUGACCAGCUAUUGGAACAAUUUUGAAUGCAACCAACAAGUUUUCCGUCUUAUUUUCUCUCAGUGGCUGCCUGUUUGAACUAUUGGGAACUGCAAAAAUGAUGAUCCUCUUUGUUUCAUUUUGAACUCUUUGUGUGUUCACAUGUUCGUUUCUUGGGUGUGCAUUAAAAAUUUCGUUUUGUGAUGAUGUACAAAUAUUGCGAUGGAAGGAUACAAAGGCUGCUCUAAAUGCUUGCGGUUAUUGUGGCAUAACCUUCUUAAAUACAGCUGAAGUAUAUGGCUUAAGUUAUCAUUUGAUGCCAUCAGUUCUGAAACUCUGCUCAGGAGAUUCAUCAGUGAAAGGAAAAUAUCAAAACCAGAAGUGGAAGUGGCAUUGCCACCGAGUUUGCCGCGUUGCCAUGGAGGAUGGGAUGUCAUAGUGUCCUAUGUGCCCUCAAGGAUUUCCGAAGCUCUCUUGGACUGCCCUUGGUUGAACUGUAUCAGCUCCUAUGGUGUGCAGUUUCCUUCAAGUUUAUGUCUGGUUAGAGGUUUCUAUUGGCGAUCGCUUCUCCAAUGCAGUUUCUUCUGUCAGUAUCGUUCAAGGCAUGGAGAGUGGGGAAAUGAAGGUUCUCAUCCUUGUUGGUGAGAACGGAAGUGGACAAACUACUCAGGAUCUGCCGGAAAGAUGGAUGGCGCACAAGUCGGACGAUAAACCUGAUCCAGUGCAGUUGAAGGCUGCACAUUUCCGCUGA